AUGAAAGUCGGCAAACCCACCUCCAAACGCCAGACCGUGCGACUCCGGCACAAGAUCCAAAAAGCAUCCAACGCCAAACAGAAAAAGGACCGCAAAGCCGCCAAGAAGAACCCGCAAUGGGUGUCGCGACUGAAGAAAGAUCCCGGGAUCCCGAACCUAUUCCCUUACAAGGCGAAAGUGCUGGCUGAGAUUGAGGAGUCGAGGAGGCGGAAGGAGGAGGAUGCGCAGCAGAGACGGGAGAUUGCCAAGGCGCAGCGGACGGGGAGGGUGGUGGAUGCGAAGGGUGCUGCUGUGCCUGUGAUGGGAGAUGAGGAUGAGGAUGAGGAUGAUGAUGAUAUGCUGCUUGAUCUGGCGGGUGAUGAUGUAGAGGGCGAGGAGGGUGAUGAGAUGGAGGUGCAGGACGAGAGUAAUCCCAUGGCUGCUUUACUCGCCUCUGCACAAGCUCGCGCGCAGACAUUCGGUAAUGAUGACCUAGCAGAGGACGAGGACGGUGAGGAGGAAGAUGAUGAUGAUAAUGAUGAUGAGGAGGAGGGUAAUGAGGAGGGCAAUGACGAAUGGGGCGGUAUACCCAUCAACCCAACAACAACAACCAAAACCUCGAAGAAUUCAAACCCAACCACCACACCCACCUCCCAACCGACCCGCAAACCUCUGCCUAAAUUAGCACUCCAAGACCCCAUCAAAGCCAUCACGACCCUAAUAAUCCAAAUGCAAAAAACCACAGACGGCAUCCAACGUCUAAUCACCCACUACCAAAUCCCCCCCCUCGUCACGGCCGGAAGCGACACCACCACCCGCUUCCUCGUAGACGUCGCACGGAAACGCGGCAGGCUGGGACGGGGCGGGGUGCCGAAUUUGAAUGCGGCGGCGUUGUGUGUAUUGGGUGAUUUGAAUGAGGGGAGGGUGGUUUUGCCUUCGGUCUCGGCUUCGAGUAAGAGUGAGGGUGCGGGUGCGGGUGCGGGUGCGGGUGUGGGUUCAAAGAGGAUGGGGGCGGGAGUAGGGGCUGCUGGGAAGGGAGGGGAUGUGUUGGAGAGGGGGAGGGUGGUGCAGGGUGUGAGUGUCGUUGCGGAAAUGGCGAAGCCGUUUAGUAUCGAGGGGCUGUUUUUGGGGGAUGCGGCGAAGAGUGGUGGGGAUGAGAGGAUGGAUGUUUGA